AUGCCUUGUGAAGGCGACGCGCUUGCGUGUAUGGUUGUGCCAUCAAGUCUCGCGCGAGACAUAUCGCCGCCACCGCUAUCGAAGCGAAGGAAAACUUCUGGAACUCACACCCGAAACACACUUUUGCAAACUACAGCAUUGGAGGCUGAACCUACACUUGCGGCAGUAGAAGCUGGAAAAGCCAAAGUUUCUGACCACCUCACAUACUUUGAGGGUCAUCUUACGGCAGUAUGCAGGACCACGCCACCUGGAAUCCCACGUCUCUCUAUUUCUUGCUUUGCGACGCUCUACCAAUCCAAUCUCCAAUCUCAUGGCCAUCACUUCGUAAUUCACCAGCAUAAACACCCCAUUGCAGGUGUGCAUUAUGACUUACGACUCCAAUUCUCCAAGACCAGUUCUAUGUCUUUCGCUAUACCGAAGGGCCUAUCCGGUGACCCCAACUCGAAGAGCAUAGGCCGAUUGGCGAUUGAGACACAGGUGCACAACUAUUGGAAUCACUUGAUUGAGAGUGCGAGUACCAAGACCGGGAGCUUGUUGAUAUGGGAUACGGGGACAUAUAGCGUAUUGCCUAGGACAAAAAAGAAGAGUAGAACGCCAAGUCCGCAGACUACAGACGAUGAGGUCACAGAGACAGAUUCAGACACCGAUGAGAUACGGAAAGUCCAAGUGAGUAGAGAGGGUGAGGAAAAUGAGAAUGAGAAACUCAUCUCAGCAUUCCAAACACGCUACAUUCGACUGCGGCUACACUGUUAUACUUCGAUUGCCUUCGAACGAGAUUACCAAACGGCCUACAGCGAGACGGAAAAGUCGACAAAAGACGUCUCAACAAUCACUCCCGCCAUGAAUGCGCUCAGCAACAUAUCUCCCACUUUGGAUCCAAUCCAGCUUGGCGCAGGACAGGCACCUCCCACACCACCCCACGAGAAUGCGCUCGACGAUAUCUACGGUUCUGCGCCUUCGUCGCCACAUCUUUCCGCAAACGCUUUUCAAAUAAGAACGCACGAGAUUCUUUCAGACCUACCAUCCCGUCAACGCGCACUCGACACGGAUGCCUACCGAGAAGGCCUUGCGAAUAGUAAAGGCCAAUACGUACAAGAAGGUUUUGACGAAGGUUACUCUUUAGGUGCAAACCUCGGGCUUCGCGUGGGCUACAUACUAGGAAUUCUACAAGGAUUUGUCGCGGCAUGGGCAGGACACGACGCGCAAGUGCACAAGGAAGUCACUCAAUUGUUCCAGUCAGCGCACAAGGAGCUAGCGAUUGAGGAACUACUAGGUAAACAAUGGGUCGACGAGGAAGGUAUAUGGAAAUGGGGAGUUGUGGGGGAGGAGGAUGACCCUACGCUGAGAGAUGUUUCUGAUCAGCACCCUUUGAUUAAGAAGUGGAUGGGCACAGUUGACGAGCUGGCGAGGAGAUGGGGCGUUGAUUUGAAGGCUGUAGAGAAGAUGCAAGCGCCCGAGGAGGAACAAGCACCUAGCCAAUAUGCGACACCACGACUGCUGACGUCAGGGGUCGUCUCCGCGCGAUUACACACACCAUUUGUGCGCCGCCUACAAACACAAAAAUGGGAGCCCUUACGACCGCCCAAUCCUGCUGAUCUUCCGAAGCCGCGAAAGCGCAAGAUUAAACCUCCUUUUACACGGCGGAAAUGGGUGCGCCGCCUCGCUGUCAUCUCGGCGCUGCUUGGUGCUGGAUGGGCAAUUGACCGGCAAUUCUAUGCCUCGUCCAUUACUCGUAGUCUGCGCACAUUCAAGACUGGUCUUUUGAUCGGAAUUGAUUACAAGAUUAACUUUCGAGCUCACCCGCCGCUUGCGAACAGCAUCGAGGAAUUGCAUGCGAGGAACGCGACAAGGAUAUUCGACUUGCUGCGAUACAAUGGCGGACUAUACCUGAAGAUUGGCCAGGCCAUUGCUAUGCAGAGCGCAAUCCUGCCACCACAGUUCCAGAAGAUGUUCCAACAAAUGUUUGACGAUGCGCCGCAGAAUGAGUGGUGGGAGGUCGAGCAGGUCAUAAGGGAGGACUUUGGCAAGAGCGUUGAGGAUGUCUUUGGAGUGGGCUUCACAAAGGAAGGUCAGGAUGGCCGAGGUAUCAUGGAGAAGACAGCAAGAGCCAGCGCCAGUGUGGCACAAGUGCACUGGGCAAGACUGGCCGACGGGCGAGAAGUCGCCAUCAAGAUCCAGAAGCGGGAGAUUGCGCAACAGGUUGGAUGGGAUCUCUGGGCCUUCAAAGUCGUAUCCUGGGUAUACACAUGGUGGUUCGAGAUCCCAGUAUAUACUCUGGUCCCGUAUGUCUCAGAGCGCUUGAUGCUGGAAACGGAUUUUCGAAACCGAAGCGGACAUGCCUUGGAGAUGAAGCAACUUGUUGCUGGAGAGCCGCGGCUCAAUGGCAGAGUUUACAUACCGGCCGUUUACAGAGAACUCUCGAGCAAGCGUGUCAUGACCGCGGAAUGGAUUGAGGGCGUGCGACUAUGGGAUAAAGAAGGAAUCACGAAUAGUUGGCAAGGUGAAUGGCGUAGAGGCAGUCCCGGAGCAGGUGGCAACAAGCUCCCACCCAUCCCUCGCGAUGCACAAGUCGAUACACAUGCACCUGAGGAUGCCACGAAGCACGAGUUCUUCAAGCCGGAUCGCAACUCCUGGAGAGGCAAGGACGGCAAAGGGGGUCUUGGUGUAUCACUGAAGACCACCAUGAAUACCAUUGUCGACCUCUUCUCAGCACAGAUGUUUCUUUGGGGCGCUGUACACUGCGACCCCCACCCAGGAAACAUCUUCGUCCGACGUCUCCCCAACGGCCAGCCCGAGGUCGUUCUCAUCGACCACGGACUAUACAUUCGCAUGGACCCCAAGUUCCGCCUUCAGUACGCCUUGUUCUGGAAGUCACUCCUAGCCUUUGACAAUGCCCAGAUCGAGGAUAUCGUCACUCAAUGGGGCGUCAAACACGCCGACAUCUUUGCCUCCGCAACCCUCAUGCGCCCGUAUGAAGGUGGCGACAAGAGCGUUGCGGCAGUACUCAAGUCAGAAAUGAAGGGCAAAGACCAAGCUGAACGCGCUUUCGAAAUGCAAGCCAAAGGUCGCGAUGCUAUGAAACUCAUUCUCGGCGACGACGCAAAGUUCCCCCGCGAACUCCUCUUCAUCGGACGAAAUCUCCGGAUUGUACAAGGCAACAACCAGUUCCUCGGCUCUCCUGUAAACCGCAUCAAGAUUACUGGCUUGUGGGCUAGUCGGGCGUUGAUUGAGAGCAAGGACCUCAGUGCAGGUCAGCGAUGGAAGAACUGGAUCCAACACGUGCGAUUCCGGUUCGUGCUUGCUCUCAGCGACGCGGUCUUCUUCUGGAGUAAGCUGAAGCAAAUCAUCGGUGUGGGCGGUGGUAUGGAAGAUGACAUUGAAGCGCACAUGCGCGUCAUGGCAAAGGACUUUGGUGUCGACCUCCAGCAUGGUGUGUUUGAGGGAUGAACAGCGAGUUAUUUGGUGUAUUAUAGAUUUGAUGAUUCCCCUCUUAGAAGAAAUUCAUCUCAUAGACG